GGGUCAUAAACAGAACAUUAAAAUUAUGUGUGCGUUGACUCAAACUUAACUAAAACAAUGUAAAUCAACCAUAUUUAUACUUACAGUUAUUUAAUAUGAGUGUACACCAUUAAUUUACCAGGUAAUUUUUACAUUUUAAUUAUUAGUUUUAAAAAUAUUAAAAUAUAAACAUCCUUUUUGUACCCCUCCGUGGACCGUUUCCAAACGCGGUUUCAAACUUCAUGAUCAAAAUUAAAAUGUAAUAAUUUACAAAUACUAAUACAUCACCUCUUUUAACCGUUAUUAAUAUAAUCAAAAUCCAUUUUUCCACUGUUAUACAAUAUUUAAAUAAAAUUUCUUCAAAUUAUGAUACAUGAACAAUUUGUUAUUAGGUCCGCGACUCUUUCCGUGGUCAUAAUAUAUACAAUGUUUGAAUUCUCAAUAUUUGGAACGCAGCCUAAAUUGUUUAUUUGAACUGGUAACAUUUCAAUCGCUGUCAGUUUAAGAUACCUUGGUUUCGGUCUGCAUGCGCUCCGUCAAUUAAAAAACAAAAAUUGCUUAAAUCAAAGAUUAUUUCAGUAUAAUAUAAAAGAUCAUUGCGACUUUUCUGUGACUUCGAUACCACGUAAAUUAAAAUGCCUAGAAAAAAUACACUAAAGAAUCUUACUGAUGAAGAAAAAAAGAUGAGACGGCGUGAACAAAAAAAAUUAAGUAUGCGUCGAGCUCGGGCUAAGUUAACUGAAGCUGCUGUUGAAGAGAUACGCAAACAAGAUAGAGAAAGAUACCAUAAGAAAAAGGAUAGAGGAGAUAUUAAAACAAUUGAUCAGUUUACACCGAGGCAACAGCGGCAAAUAAGAAAAAUGUGGCGCGAAAAAUCGAAGAAACGGCGACAAUUAUUAAAGAUGCGAAAAGCUACUGAAUCACUUAUACAAGAAAAUACUCCACCGGCAAGUCCGUCUUCCUCACUCUCGCGAGUUGAAUCUGGACGUGCAGUAGCUGCCCGAAAUAAAAGAGCAAGAAAAGCUGAAAAUGAGGCUUUAAAGAAAAAGGUGUUUCAGAUGGGGAAGGUAAUUAAAAAGUAUAGAAUGAGAAUACGAAGACUAGAAGAAAGAAAACAGAAAGCAUCGAAGUCGAGUUCUAGAAAUAAAGUCUUGAAAACGGAUAUAAGAAAAGCUGUGCAUGAUUUUUUAAUAAAUGACGAAUAUAGUAGAUUAACUGCAGGUAAAAAUGAAACAAUAACUAGGAAAAAAAGCAAAAGGCAAAUUCGUUUACUAAAUGACACACUUUUAAACUUACACAUAAUAUUUAAACUCAAAACAGGAUUUAAUAUUUCAUAUCAGACUUUUAGGAGAUAUAGACCUUUUUGGGUUCUGUUUCCAAAAGCAGCUUCAAGAAACACGUGUCUCUGUACGUUACACGAAAAUAAUGAUCACAUAAUUCGAUCACUUCAAAAAUCGAAAGUUGUUUCUUACGGAUCUGCAUCCGAUGCCGCUAAGGCAUUGUGUUGUAAUAAUACACUGACUCCUAAAUGUUUAGAGAGAGAGUGUCAGAGCUGUCUUUAUAAGAAAAUUGAUUUUAAUAACUUUGCCGAAAACGAUUAUAUAACUUAUGAUAGAUGGGUUACAAAAGACGUGGAUGUAGUUAUCAAAGGUGUACAGAAAAAGUGCAAGAAAUGUGUUAAAGAAACUGUUAAAACUACGAUAGGUGCGCUAGUGAAGUUAUUACAUUUAAAUUUACCAGUAUUCAUGCAACAUGUAGCUAAUAUGAUUCAUCAAAUGAGAUCAAUACAAACAUUUAAACAACAAUUAACGUCUACCAAAGGCUUGUUGCAUGUAGACUUUUCCGAAAACUAUAAUUGUAAGUAUAGUGCUGAGGUUCAGUCGGCUCAUUUUGGUGGCUCGAAGCCUCAAUUGUCUCUUCAUACUUGCGUUUAUUAUAGCGCGGCAGAAUUUCCGAAUAAUGGUUUCCAAACUACAUCCAUGUGUUCUAUUUCAAAAAAUUUACGCCAUGAUCCUGUUAUGAUCUGUGCCCACCUUAAACCAAUUCUACAGCGAAUUAAAGAACUCAGUCCAAAUUUAACAGAACUACAUAUUUUGAGUGACGGCCCAACGACCCAAUACCGAAACAAAACUAUGUUUCUUUUAAUUGUUAAAUUCAUUAGUCGAGAAUUAAAUGACGUGACCGAUAUUGUUUGGCACUAUAGCGAAAAGGGGCAUGGCAAAGGUGCUCCAGACGGAGUAGGUGGCUGCAUAAAAAGGCUGUGCGACAGUUCGGUUGCGAUGGGCAAAGAUGUGUCUGACUAUGACUCACUUAUGUUAUGUCUAAAAGAGAACUGUAAAGGAAUUGAGAUCUACGGAAUUGGGGAUCCAAAUAUUGAAGACAUUCAAGAAAUAGUAGAUAAAAAUGCGAUGAAAGCUUAUAAAGGGACAUUUAAGAUACAUCAACUUUCUUGGAAUCAAAAUGAUCCAAAUAUUUUACAUGCCCGAAGGCUUAGUUGUCUGUCUUGUGCAUCUAAUGCUGUUUGCCCGCAUUUUGAAAUUGGCCAGAUAAAGGUUCCGUCCAAUAAUACACAAACGCAUAGUCCCUUGAGUAUGGCUGACGCAAGGAACGUUUCUCCGAGAAGUGAAGACACGGCUAAUGCUUCUACAAUAACUUAUAGGUCAGAUCAGAUUACACCUGAUGGAGGUACUUCUCAUAAUGUCCCAUCACGUCCCUGUAAAAGAUUUGGUUUCCUGCCAGACUCUGAUGAUUCAGACGUGUCUUUACCUCUGCAGGAUGAGAGAUCCAAGUUCCUUUCAGACUCUGAUGACUCUGAUGUUAUUUUUACACCUCGCUAUCGUCAUCCAUUGCCCACAGACAGCAGCAGCGAAGGCGACUUCAUUGUACGACCUAAGCAGUCUCAAAAACCUUUUGUCGAUCCCUACACUGAUAGUGGCGAUGACGAAUAAAACAAUAUGAUAUGUCUCAUUAUGUUUAUUUCUAUAUUAUUUUACGUUCAGUUUGGUUGACAUUAUGUUUGAUUUAAGUCAACCGAAAAUAAAUCCCUUCUGUGGACAUAAAUUCAUUAUUUUUUCAAAACGAGAGGAUUGUUUAUUUUAUGACAUUUUUUAUGUGAAGAUGAUUAAUACAGCCAGAUUGUUGUAAUUUUAAUAAAACUCUUUUAUUUAGUUUAGAAUUAUUUAGACAAAUUACAACUUUUGUCUUUUCUGUUGAUUGUGAAGUCUUUUCUGUGGACAGUUAUAAAUUAAAAUAUUGAAAAACUAAUUAAAAUCAAAGCUUUGAUCUCUGAGAAUAUUUUUAUUAUAAUUAUUUUAUGUUUC